UUCCGCAGAAAGCACGAUUGGGCUUAUCCGUGACGGCGACUGCGCGGAGGCGCAAGAAAGACUGGAACUGGAGAGGGAGAGUCUGCGGCCCGUCGGCUGCGGGGCUGGAUGUAGGGCAGGGGGCCUAGAGGUAGCGGGAGCGGCCUGUCGGCGGAGCAAACAGCCAGCGGGUCUAGGGCUCCCCCAUCACGACUAGGAGCUCAGGAGUUACGUAGGGAUCUGUGGGAACUGCUCCGUGACUGUUAGAGAAGAUGCCUUACCUUGGCUCUGAGGACGUGGUGAAGGAGUUGAAGAAGGCUCUGUGUAAUCCUCACAUUCAAGCUGAUAGGCUGCGCUACCGGAAUGUCAUCCAACGAGUGAUUAGGCACAUGACUCAGGGCUUGGACGUGUCUGGUGUUUUCAUGGAAAUGGUGAAGGCCAGUGCCACUGUAGAUAUUGUUCAGAAGAAGUUGGUUUAUCUGUACAUGUGCACAUAUGCCCCCCUGAAACCAGAUCUGGCUCUCUUGGCCAUUAAUACACUGUGCAAAGACUGCUCGGACCCCAACCCCAUGGUGCGAGGGCUGGCACUACGGAGCAUGUGUAGCCUCAGGAUGCCUGGUGUGCAAGAAUAUAUCCAACAGCCUAUUCUCAAUGGCUUACGGGAUAAGGCUUCAUACGUCAGGAGGGUAGCAGUCCUUGGUUGUGCCAAGAUGCAUAAUCUUCAUGGAGACUCUGAAGUGGAUGGUGCCCUGGUAAAUGAGUUAUACAGUUUGCUGCGUGAUCAGGAUCCAAUUGUGGUUGUGAACUGCCUGAGGUCUCUAGAGGAAAUUCUGAAACAGGAAGGAGGAGUUGUCAUCAAUAAGCCCAUUGCCCAUCAUCUCUUAAAUCGAAUGUCAAAACUGGACCAGUGGGGCCAGGCUGAAGUAUUGAACUUUCUCCUACGCUACCAACCCCGCAGUGAGGAGGAAUUGUUCGACAUUCUCAAUCUGUUAGACAGCUUUCUCAAGAGCAGUAGCCCAGGUGUGGUGAUGGGAGCCACAAAACUCUUUCUGGUCUUGGCAAAAAAGUUUCCCCAUGUACAGACUGAUGUGCUUGUGCGAGUCAAGGGACCUUUGCUAGCUGCCUGUUCUUCAGAGAGCCGUGAACUCUGCUUUGCUGCCCUUUGUCAUGUGCGCCAGAUCUUGCAUAGUUUGCCAGGUCACUUUAGCAGCCACUAUAAAAAGUUUUUCUGCUCCUACUCGGAGCCCCACUAUAUCAAACUGCAGAAGGUGGAAGUGCUGUGUGAACUGGUCAAUGAUGAGAACGUGCAGCAGGUGCUAGAGGAGCUUCGAGGGUACUGCACGGAUGUGUCUGCUGACUUUUCCCAGGCUGCCAUCUUUGCCAUAGGUGGCAUUGCCAGGACUUAUACAGAUCAAUGUGUGCAGAUUCUAACAGAGUUACUGGGUCUUCGACAAGAGCACAUUACUACAGUGGUGGUGCAGACUUUCCGAGACCUGGUUUGGUUGUGUCCUCAGUGUACCGAAGCUGUGUGUCAGGCCCUGCCCGGCUGUGAGGAGAACAUUCAGGAUAGCGAGGGGAAACAGGCACUUAUUUGGCUACUUGGGGUCCAUGGGGAAAGAAUUCCCAAUGCUCCUUAUGUGUUAGAGGACUUUGUAGAGAAUGUGAAGUCAGAGACAUUUCCAGCUGUUAAGAUGGAGCUACUCACUGCUCUGCUGCGCCUUUUCCUCUCACGCCCCGCUGAGUGCCAGGACAUGCUGGGACGUUUGUUAUAUUACUGCAUAGAGGAGGAGAAGGAUAUGGCUGUACGGGACCGAGGUCUCUUCUAUUAUCGCCUCCUCUUAGUUGGCAUUGAUGAAGUUAAGCGGGUCUUGUGUAGCCCCAAAUCUGACCCUUCUCUUGGACUUUUGGAGGAUCCAGCAGAAAGACCUGUGAACAGCUGGGCCUCAGACUUCAACACGCUGGUGCCAGUGUAUGGCAGAGCCCGCUGGGCAACUAUUUCUAAAUGCCAGGGGGCAAAGCAUCAUGGCCCAGAGCUUCCUAACACUGCAUCUUUUGCCACAUCAGGGUCCCUGAUUCCUGAAGAGAACAAGGAGACAAUACAAGAACUCCCGGAUUCUGGAGCCCUCAUGCUAGUUCCCAAUCUCCAGCUUACUGCUGAGUAUUUCGAGAAAACUUGGCUCAGCCUCAAGGUUGCUCAUCAGCAAGUAUUGCCUUGGCAGGGAGCAGUCCAUGCUGAUACUCUCCAGAUGGCCCUUCAAGUAGUGAACAUCCAGACCAUCGCAAUGAGCAGGGCUGGGGCUCGGCCAUGGAAAGCAUACCUCAGUGCUCAGGAUGAUUCUGGCUGUCUGUUUUUAACAGAACUACUGUUGGAGCCUGAGAACUCAGAAAUACAGAUCUCUGUGAAACAAAAUGAGGCAAGGACGGAGACACUGAACAGUUUUAUUUCCGUAUUAGAAACUGUGAUUAGAACAAUUGGAGACAUAAAAUCAUAACAGAUUCUUG